AUGGAGAAAUCAGGGACAAAGUUAGAAACCGAGGUCGAGCCUAAGGUCGAGCCGGAACCAGCGAUGGAAUCUAUCCCAGAUGUGACUGUAAAGGAAGUGGUUAUGGAGCCGGAGCCAGAAGUCGUCGAGGUAGCUCCGGAACCAGAGGAACCCAAAAAGGAGGAUCCAUUCCCUGAGCCUACAACACUGGAAGAAGAGGGAACCUACGGUCCGGGUUAUGGAAAACUUUCACACAUUCAGUAUGCCGAUGCUUCAAGCAUAAAAUAUGUUCCAACGCCCAACGAGGCCUCCUAUGCACCUGUACCAGAGGGACCCAAAUACGCUCAACCAAAGAUGUUUGAGUACGCUAACCCAUUGGCUUGGAAUUUUGCAAAGCCCAGGAAAACUAGAGAGGCUGCGUCUGCACCCGCUCCGGCGCUCGCGCCCGCACCAUCUUCAGCUUCCGUAGAGACUCCAGCUCCCGCGGAACCGGCGGCGGCCGAACUAGCGCUAGAGGUAGUCGAAGAGGCACCGGUGGAGGGGUCCCUCAAAUCACCUAUUGAAGAAUAUGGAGGUGUUCAGAUUGCGGGUGCUGCUACGGAGGUUAUGGGAGCAGAACCGGAAAUGGCUCCGGCCCCCACCCCCGAGGAAGAACCCACCCUGGCCCUUGCCCCCGCACCUAAAGGAAGGGAAAAGAAACCAAAGAAAGAUGUUUCGGUCUGGGGUACAUUUCUUGGAGCGCCAAAGACGGCGAAAAAGAAGGCUCCAGAUGUUGAGCGUGUUCGAAGGUCUUCUAUUGAGGUCGAUGCCAAUGGUAGUCCCAUCAGAGUGGUCGGUUUCAGGGAGUUGUUGAAGAUGAACAAAGAAGUUGGAAAGCGACAGAAGGGUGCGAGGAACAUGCCUCUGGGAGAGAAAACCCAGGAAGAAGCUAUUCCAGAAGUCACUCCAGAAGCUACACAAGCUCCUCCAUCUGCUCCGGAAUUGACAGUUGAAAUUCCGCAAUUUGAAGAACCUGAAAUUGCACCUGAAACGCCAGCGCCUGAAAUGCUUCCCAUCGAAUCGUAUCUCGUCCCACCCACACCAAUGGUACAAACACCCCAAUUUGACGUUGGCGAACCCUCUCCACGCGAAGGUGAAUUUCCUCCUCCUGCUCCUGCUCCUGCUCCUCGAUCCUCAAAGAAAGAGAGAAAAAAGAAGAAAGAGCGGAGACACGAAGAGGAACCAAUUGAAGAAGCUCUAGUUCCCCUCGAGCCAACGACCGUUGAACCUGAGGCAGAACCAACCGUCGAGCUGGAAACAAAACGAGAGGUUGCACCCGAACCCGAACCCGAGCCCGAGCCAGAGCCGACUUACUUGUCCAAGAGGGAGAGAAAGAAGGAGAAAAAGAGGAAGGAGAGAAAAGAGAAAGGAGUGGUGGAAGAGCCUCCUGCGCCCGAGGUGCCUCGAGUUGUCGAAGCGGCUCUGCCUGAGGCCGAAGACGUGCCCGAGCCAGAACCUGAGGCGUCUCCUACUUCUGGUCCCGGUUUGAUUAUGGGAAUGUUGACCGGUUGGGGAACUAGAUCUGGAUCUGGCUCCGCUGCCUCUGGUGUUUCCGCGAACGCAGACCCUGGGUCCGAACCGGCUGCCGGAGGCGAAGCUGACGCUAACGCCGAAGAUCACGAGCAUUGGUCUCGGAAAGAUCCCGAAUCAGAGCCCGAACAAGAGCGUGAAUCCGAACCGGCGCCAGAACCAGAAUCUCCAAUGGGAGGGCAGAGCCGAGAGCACAGUUUCGAUGCGGCGUCGGCCCCGGUACAUUACAUCGGAUAUCCGGGUUACCAGGGCUACCCUGCCUACCACUUUGACCAUGACCCACCUGCGCCCAGAGCACUCGCACCAGAAGAGCUUCCGGAGGAGAAGCCCCAUCGUCAUCGCAGUCGCAAGUACCGCGAGCUUCAAGAGGAGGUACAUGCUACGAAUGGCAAGGAAGUCAAAGAGAAACGCCGCCGCCGCAAGGUGUCGAUCCAAGAGCCCGAAGGUGUCGCCAUCGCAAUGGAGCGGAAGAAGACGCAUUCCUCGGAGAAUGUCGAUGGAGACAAAGCUCGCAGGGAGCGACGGCGCGUCAAGAAACUGGCAGCAGAACAAGCAGAGAUGGAUAGAUUGCGCAGGGAAGCUGAGGAGAGGGCGCAAGCCGAGCAUAGGGCCUGUGCUGAAACUGAGGAAAGGGCGCGCAUCGAAGCAGAAGAGCGUGAGCGUGCCGAAAAGGAGCGGAGACGCGCCGAGAGGCGAGCCAAGAAGGCAAGGAAGGAGACCGAGAUCAGAGAGAAGGAAGCUAGGUUGCGAAUAGCUGAGCAGGAAGCUUUGCUAAGAGAAGCCGAACUAAGGGCACGGGAGGAGGCCAUCGCUGCAAGCCGACAAAAACUUGAGAGACGGAAGUCAUCCAGGAGAAAUUCUGGCAUCCCAGCCGAGGCCAGCGAAACCCGAGAGGAAAAGGAAGCCCGAAGGGAAGCCCGCCGCAUUAAGAGGGCUGCAAAAGAGGGCCGCGUCAGCAUGUCCAGGUCAAACAGUGACCAAACGCAACAGCGCGCUCAUGGUCGUGUCAGCAUGUCCGGCUCCAAUAGCGAUCAGAUCCAACAUGCACAGGACCUGGCGAGGGCCAUGAGCGGCAUCAACAGAAGAUACUCGGGUGCCUACAUUCCUGGCGGUGAGCGGAGCGACCCUUACAACGAGGAAUAUGAGCGCGAGCAGCGUCGCCGAAUACGCCGAGAGCGCCGAGAAGCACACAAGGCACAAGAAGCCAGCCUCUGGCAGAACAGGGAGGACAUCAGCGGCUCAAUAACCCCCGAGCAGAUCCCUGAAAGCGAAGAUGCGAACAAUCACCGUUUCUCGUCCAGCUACUCCAAUGACAUGAUGGAAGAGGAGCAAGCACUCAGGGAGCGUAGGAGACAACGCAAAGAGGCGAUAAGGGCACUAGAAAGAGACGUGAUGACGGAAAAAGGACCCAUAGUAGUUGACGAAGAGCGCCGGGCGAAGAAACAUGCUAGGAAGGAGGAGAAGAGGUCCAAGGAGACGGAGGACCCCGAGGUUAGAGCUGCACGCCGUGCCGCAAGGGCGAAGAAGAAGUUGGAGAGGGAAAGGUUUAAUGGUGGGUUGACCGACUAUGAGGGUGGUGUUGCUGGGGGCGGUGGUAACAAGAAAAGCUGGUGGAAGAAGCUCCUCAGUUAAAUAAAAUACCCACUCCCCCCCUCUUUUUUUGCCCUCAAAGUGGCAAUGGCGAAUGUUCUCUCUGCUCAUUUCUCAGUUUAUUUGUCGUUACAGAUACCUGGAGUGUUACGGAUUUGAUGCCUUUUUUUCAAGCUUGCACAUGAUUUACGCUUUCUACUUGCUUUCCUGUCCACCAUGUAUAUAUAUAUAUAUUUUCGAUAUCACUUUGUCGUAUUGUCACCUACCACCUACCGCCCGCUACGCUAGAACCGGUUCUAAUUCUGAUUUAUUUUACUCACCCUUCUACUGCCUCCCUUCUCUUAUCCCAUUCCAUUGCUCGAUAUCCAUCAAAUAUUUUGUUUUAACCUUUUUCCACUUUUGCUUCCUUUUUAUAUCUAUUUUUUAUUUAUUCAUUUUUCCCCCUCUCUGUAAUGCGGCGCGGUGCGGUACGGGUUCACGCGUCUGCGUGAGGUGGAGUAAAGGUGCAAAGGAGAAAACAGGGGAGGGAAUUUUGGUUCCAAAACUAAUUUCAUGGUUUUAUCUGUCUA